ACGGAUUUACUCUAAUUCAAGGUCCUGUCCAGCAAACCGCACCGCUACUGGAUUUACCCGCUUGACCUGGAAAUGAUGAUCAAGGGAUGAGCUUGUGAUUACAGGCAGACCGUCCGUCCGACCCAACUGUUCUGUCCGUACAUGGCAUUAGCAAUCAAAGCUUGACUCAACGGCCAGACUAGGAAGGAAAGGGGCGACUCGACGCAGGAGCAGAGCCGUUGUUUUGGCCAGGAAACCGUUAUGUUUGAUUGCCAUUCUCGUCCAGAUCGUGGACAGUGCAACAUGUGUCUAGCCAUGUGUGGAUUACUCUCGAGCGAAUAGGAUCACUUUCUAUGAAGCUUUAUUGUGAUGUGAAUCAUUGUGAGAGAUGAAUUCUGAUCGACAGUAACGAUGUUGACGCAGACAAAGAAAUGAUUAGUUUGUUUAUAGCGUGAGAAAGUGGCUUUGUUUUUGUUACAGUCGAGGGAAAGAUAAAGUGAUAAAUUUGCAUGGCUGAAUAUGGCCACAGCUAGUAGAGGAGUGCAUGGGAACUACGUACACGGUGGAGGCGCACAACCAGAGCUGAUUCAGUCGGCAAGACAAAGUGCACAGGAGAUGGCCGAUUACUAUCACAGCAAGGUGGUACAAAACGGUCAUUCUUCUUCUUCUCAACAGUCGGAAGAUAACUAUUACAGGCCAGGCUCGUCCGCGCAGAGCCAGGGCAACGGAUACCAGUCGGGGAGCACGGUAUCGAGGGGUGUGAGUACCCCAAGGAGCGACGGUCGUUCGUGGGGAAGGAGCAGCGGUGAUAGCGGUAACGGUCAACUAACCACUGGUCAGUUUCGGGCAACUCCGGUGAAGGUCGAUUUCCAGACCACCGAGGUAGUGUCGGAAGUAUCGGUUGCGGAUAAUGAAAAAGACUAUCACAAGGAACUCAUGUCGUCAACGCAGGACUUGCUUGCCAGGCAGAGCCCUUGGCUCAGGAGCAAAGAGGAAGCGAGGCAGUAUUGGAGAGAUGAGGAGAAACGGAAUGUCCGAUCUCCUCAACAUCGGAGGCACAACACCAGCCCCGACGGCAAAUACUUUGAGCCCGCUCUUGGGGUGGUCAGUGCCUCCUCGAAGGAGAGUCAUCGAACCCUAGCGUUGACCACAGAUAAUCUCAGGAAGUUUAACCAUGGGGGUGACUUGCCCCGCAUGCCUCUGAUGCAAAACCUGAGGCGUAGCAUGAGUAACUCGACGCUAGACAUGAUCGAGAAAACAGACUUCAAUGCAGCAGCUGUUACCAGAGAAUUUGGGAGCACAUCCUCGAUAGAUGUCCAGAGCACCGGAGGAGAGAGUUUUUUUAGAAUGCUGCAGGACUACAAGGCUGUGGAUGAGCGCAGUCCAGCGCCCCCACAGUUCAAGCAGCUUAUCCAGGGUCGUGUUCCCUCGGUCCACGAUGGGCGCAGCAACACCGCCCCUCUGCCUGCGAGGGUGGCACAGCAGACACCGCAGGCAACACCAAAGCAACGCAGUACUACCAUCGAAAGAAGCCAAACCAUACACAGUCCUAAAACACAUCGCAGGUACCCUAGUAAACGAGAAAAGAGGGACAGAACUAAAUCCUACUCGAGCGGCGAGCGCAGGCAUGAGGGCUCCUUCUUUAGGAAAAAGGGGAAGAGGGGCGACAUUUCCAAAGAGAACCAUGAUAAUAGAACUGCUGAUGAGAUGCUUGAAACAAGGAUCGAAGAAGGUGUUAGGAGGAGAGCAUUUGAGCAUUUUGAUGUGCAGAGCUUACACUUUGAACUUGGGGAUUUAACCAAGAGUAGUGACUUGAUCGCUAAGGGCAACAUGACAACGGGAGCAUCUGCAGCAUCGAGGGCCAGUGCUACCAAUACACCAGAGGGGAGUGUGGAGGAUCUUAUAAGCGCCGAAGACCAGGACCCCGGUGACAAGCAGAGCAACGAUCUCCUCAGUAGCUGCCCUUUCUUCCGCAACGAGAUCGGCGACGAAUCGGAACCCAGGGUCACACUCUCCAAGAUGGGCAUGCUAAGCACCAGAGCCAUGAGAAGGUAUCGUCAUCAAACCAUUCUUGAGAAGAGGGGGGCUUCCGAGCUCAGCAUCAACGACGACCAAUCCAAUUAUGUGUGGCGAGGGCCUGUCAUAGAGCACAUGGACCAAGGGGCCCUCUAUUAUCGGAAGCACUUCUACAAGCAUGAACACCAGAACUACUUUGGUGUGGAUGAGUUCCUUGGCCCUCUGGCCGUCAGCGUCCGGCGGGAGAGGGUGGAGGAGCAGGAGAGUCCAGUGGAGAACAGCAAGGACCAUAACAUGAGAUACAGAUAUAGGAUUCUACUCCGUUCUAGUGAGCUAACAACCCUACGAGGCGCCGUCAUGGAAGACUCCAUCCCAUCCACAACCAAACACAAUACUAAUCGAGGCAUUCCACUGCGUGACGUACUAGAAUACAUAGCGCCUGAUCUACCUCUCGCUUGCUUACGCCUUGCCACAGACGCGCCAAAGGUCAGAGAUCAACUUCUCAAGAUUGAUGAACAAGGGGUAACAAAUCAUUACAAGGUCGGCAUCAUGUACUGCAAAGCCGGACAAAGCACCGAAGAAGAAAUGUACAACAACGAACAUGCAAGUCCAGCAUUUGAUGAGUUCGUAGACUGUAUAGGAGAGAAGAUUCGACUCAAAGACUUUGAGAAGUACAGAGCGCAGCUGGAUAAUAAGACCGAUUCGACGGGCACGCACUCGCUAUAUGCCAUGUACCAGGGCAAGGAGCUCAUGUUCCAUGUAUCUACUAUGCUUCCCUUCACAAACAACAGACAACAGCUACUGAGAAAGAGGCACAUAGGCAACGACAUAGUGACCAUCGUGUUCCAGGAACCCGGCGCUCUCCCGUUCACGCCCAAGAACGUCCGCUCACAAUUCCAGCAUGUCUUCAUCAUUGUACGAGUCCACGAACCAAACACAGAGAAUGUCCACUACUCGAUUGCUGUGAGCAGAUCUAAAGAAGUCCCAUCAUUUGGCCCUCCCUUGCCAGCAAAUGCCAAUUUCCAGAAAUCAAAAUCGUUUGCAGAUUUUCUUCUUGCCAAAAUCAUCAAUGCUGAGAAUGCGGUGCACAAGGCGGACAAGUUCACGGCCAUGGCGACGCGGACGCGCAAGGAAUACCUCAAGGACCUGGCCGCUUCCUACGUGACCUCGACCGCCAUCGAGACGGGAGGAGGGGGCAAGUUCAAGCUCUUUGACAAGAAGAAGGAGAAGACUUGCCCCAGGCCUGCCCCAGACUUCAAGGCCAAGGGAGCAUUGGUGUGGGACGUCCAGGUUUACAUGUGGUCACCCAUCUCCAAAGGUGUUAAUUCGAAGGCUGAGGACUUCAGUGUAUCUGACCCUGUGGAUUGCUUACUGGCUGUCUCGAUGGAUAUGAUGGUUCUAACGAACUACCAUACGAAAGAGGUUCUCUUCUCCAUUCCUUGUGUGUCUGUUAUCGGCUGGACUCCCUAUCCACAUGGAUUGAAGCUGUACUUCAAUGAGGGUAACUGUAUUCGAGUUCGCAUUCCUGACCAAGAUCUGGAUGAGGUGCCUGAGAUUGUCAAGAGAUUUGAAGCAGUCUCCAACGGAACUAGGACCAAAGAGAUCACCUUGAGGCGGAACGGUCUAGGUCAGUUGGGCUUCCAUGUUCACUACCAGGGGAUCGUGGUGGAGGUAGAUCCGUAUGGGUUCGCUUGGCAAGCUGGCCUUCGGAAAGGAGCAAGACUUGUUGAGAUCUGUGAGAUAGCUGUAUGUACCCAGACCCACGAGGAGAUGAUAGAUCUACUACGGACCUCUCAGACGGUCAAGGUCGUGGUGGUACCACCUUGUGAAGAUGGAAGUCCAAGAAGAGGAAGCACACCAAUCGAGUACAUGGGUAACAGUGAAGCAGUCACCCAGCCGGGAGGGGCUAGGCUAGGCUUCAACAGAGGCACAAGCAGCGGCAAAGGACCUCAUAAGAUCUCCUCAUCUCUGGCUAUGUCAAGCAGAGAUCUAAGACAGGGAUCACUACAUUCCCGAUCAGCAUCCACCCCUGGGCAACCAAUCUCCAUGCUGCGUUCAGCCCCCAACACACCCAUCUAUCCUCCGGGCACCACCGAGGAGGGUCUACCCGCCAAGGGCAGCGUGCGCUCGGCCAUCUCCACCUUCGAGCGUCGCAUCAACGUCGUGGAUCCGCCACCCGAUGCUUCCGAGAAACAGCACCCCUACCGCGCCGCCGUCGAUUACUGGAAGGAGGUGAACGCCCGCGCCCAUCAGCAAGCUAACACCGGUGAUGGGAUCGCGCCCCUGCCCCAGGGGGGUGGGUCCAGCGGCGGGAGUGGUCACAGUAGGGGGUUGUCCCAGGAUUCUGGGGACCGCUCCUUCAUGAGGAUGGUGCAUGAUAGGAGGAGCGCCAGGGAGCAGAGGAGGAGACCUGCAGACAAGCAGGCGAGGCUCCGGAGCUCACAGGAGGAGCUGGAUCGGAUCGGGACUGGAGCCCACUCCAGGCAGGGAUCCCUGGAGGACAGUCUCGAUAAAUACAGGAAUAGAGUAUACAAAGAUGUGACCAAACCUGACUGGCAGGGACACAACGAAGCCAACCUCUACCCCCAGGAUAGGGGCCGAGAACAGGACAAGCAACAGCCUCAGUUUGUCACUCCCAAGGCUAGAUAUCCACUUCAUAAUGUAGCUCAGGCCACUAUAAAGCACACCAGCAGUGGAGAUACCCUAUCGACCAACACCAGUGACGAGAAGUGGUACGAUGCCGGAGACGAUGCUAACGGUUACCAUGACAACGGUGUGCCCGUCUCCAAGGAUGUCCCCGAGGGCAUGUACCGCACCAACCCCGCGACCACGCCCUCCACCGUACCCCUAUCACAGCAGGGGAUCAAGGAGGAGAAUUUGAGUAACUAUGCAAUGGCUGAGCGCUACAGCCCCACAGAGCAGCUCUACCAGUCACGAAGCAGAGAGGGUAUAGACAUGGAGCAACCCAGGCUUCAGCGCCCCAACCACCUCGCAGGCAUCGUUCCACACCACCAUGCCACGCCUAGCAACAUCAGUGACCACUCCACCCAUUCCACCCUCUCCGGAGGCUCGGGUACAGGGGCAUCGAGGGACUACGGGAGCCUGAGGGCCAGCAGCAGACAGUCCCCCGCCCGUAGCCCCAUGCCGGGGAGGUCCGCACAGAGCCCCGAGACGGUCAGGAAGAGGGCACAGAGUCCCAGGCGGGCGGGGGCAGGGGCGUCAGGUGACUUUGCCAGUUUGCACAGGAGGGGCGGGGCUCCAUCUGCAUCUUCCAGUAGUAGUAUGAGCGAGUCCAGCACAAGCCCUAAGAUGGCCAGAAGAAGACCGCUAGAUGGCCACAAGUCAUCCAACGAGUCCCUCGCUGCCCGGUCACGGGUCAACUCGGCCACCACGCCCACCAUCAGGAGCGGCGCGACCACGCCCCUCAAGGCGGCCCACACCAACAAUCGGGUCCAGGACGACCUGCGGAAGCUCCUGGCCCCCGAGUCGUACAACGCUGCACUGGAGAGGGAGAAGAAGGAGGUAGGGAACAAAGCCAACGCUGGUUCAUGAUGUGGGUUUAGAGGGGCACUGAUGUAGUAUCCAUAGCUGACUGAGAGAUAUAGUUGUGCCAUCCGUACGCGCUUGUUUGUAGGCCAGUCCAUGGAGCUCUGGGCCCUGUUUCAUAAAACUUUAUAUCAAUAACAAGUUACAAGCUACUGUUAUAAGCUACUGAAAUCAAGACAUCUGAUUGGCUGAGAGCAAAUUUAACAUAGAAAUUAAGCAUUUGUUAUAGAUAAAGUUUUAUGACACGGGGCCCCUGAAUAGUUCUCUCUGCGGUCUACUUGAAAUUAAUGAACAAUACACAGGCACAAAUUCACUGAUACAAAUUACUUACAGAUAAUUUUUUGUGAUGCAACUAUGUCUCUCAAGUCGCUAUGGUAGUAUCUGUCUUUUGUCUGUUACAUGUCUGUUACAACACCUGUUUGUUGUGAUGUAGUCUAGAAUUUUUUUGGCCAGCAAAUACCAAAAGUGAUAUUCCUUAUUUUCUAAUUCCAUGUUUUGUAACUCUCUACUGUAAAUUGAUUCUUUAAAAAUAGGAUUUGAUAUAAAAUUGAAAAUAGUUUGAAUGUAUAUAAUGGUUGCCUUUUAAAAAAAGGAUUCAUGAAUUAUGAAUAAAUCAAAUGUGUGUGGUAGGAUCAAUGAAAUGUUGUUAAUGUGGAACUGUAGAUAUGUUUAAUGUAAUUUGGUGGAUAACAUAACAAGCAAGUCUUCCAAGGGUAGUAUUGCAAUACAGUAUACUUCAAAUGUUAUUUGUCAUACUAAUACAAUUUAUAAUAUACACAUAUAACAAUAUCCCCCUUAAAGGAGGCUUCCAAUGGUAAUCAUCUGCAUUGAAGUUUGGCAGUCAUUAAUUAUUAAUUGAAAGUAUUUGAGUUAGAUUUGUUUGAUUGUACAAAAACUGCAUAUGAAUUAUCUAGUUCCCAUUAAUGAAGCAAAUUUUUGUGAAGUGGGUAUUACAUUUCUGGUACUAAUUCUAUGCAAUGGGCUCUUUUUGAAGGACAAAAAAAAAUCUACUUUAUCAGGUGGUCAUCUUUGGUUUGAUUGCAAAAAUAUGAACUUAACUAAAUUUGUAGGAUAUCAUAAUUCAAGUGAAACCUAGCUAGUUAACGUGAGAGGAGGGGAGUUUUGUACCACUUCAUAUAUGAUGAUAAUAGUCAUGCUUUAAAGUAAUUUAUGAGUAUGACAUAUAUAUAUAUUGAACACUAUGUGUAUUUUCUUUCACUAUCUCCCUAUGUGUGUGCAAUGUAAUCUUGUAUAUAUAAUUUUGAUGUUUGUGACCAUGUUAAGGCCUUUAUACUGAAAAUUUGAAAACGAUUGUAUUAUGUAUUAGGGGAAUGUGUACUUGAUAAAUAUGUUGGUGUAAAAUAAUAAUGCUUGCAAUAUGGGAAUUAUGACUUUAAUCUAUAGUUAUGACACAAUGGUAAUUUAUGCUUAAAAUUUCUUUGAUAGAUAAUUUAUAGUACAAAAUAACUAAUGAAUUAGUCCUCAAUUAUAACAGGAGGUCGUUAAAUAGUUUUCUAAUGUUUUAGUGGUAGUAUCGUGGCUGCCUUGUACAUUUGUAGAUAAUUUUGUACCUAAUGUUUUAUAUAGCCUAACUGAGAGAGAAGACUCUUUUUCUAAUUUUCUGGUAUAUGUUUCUGUUUUGCUUUUCUCUUUAUCCCUUCACACCUUCAAACACAUUCCUUUUUACCCCGAUUCCUAACCCUUGAUCUAAUACCACUCUUAAAAUCCUUGUCAAUACCCCCCUAUUUGCUCACUAACAUCCCUACUAAUUUAUUUACUCUGCACAUUAUAUAUUAUGAAUCACUAUCCCAUAAUAUCCUUUGACACACAUAUAUAUUUAUCUUGAAUGUUGACAUUGUGGUAAUAAUAAUUUCUCAUCAAACA